GCAAAGUAUUAAAAGUAGAGGGCAUUGACAAUGCUAAAAAGUGUUUACAAUCCUUCCGAAAUGGCACUAUUACUGCUUUUGGCGGGAGAUUUCGCGGAGCCAGUUAUGACAAAAAUGCCGAACGGAUAAUUAACCAAGCCAAAAGGUCAUUAAAAGAAGCAAUUAAAAGACAUGAAAAAGGAGAAAAUAUUAAUAUCCAAGAAACCGCUAUUGCACCUUCUUCUUAUUACAGUUGGGGAGUAAUUAUUGGAAUUGGUAGUAUUCAUGGCUUUAUUGGUCCCAAUGGAGCAGGUAAAACUACAACUUUAAAUUGCUUGAUGAGCGGAGUAAAACCAAAUAGCGGCGAAAUUUACUUAGAAGGACAAAAAAUCGGUGAGGAUGAAUUAGUUAACCAAAAAAUUGGUUUCAUGACCGAACAGGCGAAAUUUACCGAGGAUUUAAAAGUAGCAGAUUUUAUUCAUUUAGCGGGAAAAUUGCGGAACAUUCCCGCUCCAAAAGUAGAAGCCCGUUUACGACAAUCAGAUUUAAAUAAUCACCGCUUUAAAAGGUGUGGGGAAUUAUCGACGGGUUGGAAAAAGAUUUUGCUCUACUUUGUUUCCGUGAUGCAUGACCCAGAUAUUUUGGUGCUGGAUGAACCAACUUCCGGCUUAGACCCCUCCUAUCGAGGGAUUUUAUUAAAUCAAUUAGAGCAAAUACGAAAACGAGGCGGAACCGUUUUAAUUUCUAGUCAUAUUUUAUCAGACUUACAAAAAUUAGUGGACUCCGCCACCUUGAUUGACAAAGGUAAAAUAGUUUAUACUGGAGAAAAACCGGCUGAUAUUGAAGAAAUGUAUAAUAAAUUAGUUCUCAAAGAUAAAAUUAAAGCAAAGAGCGGACAAACUUGA